AUGAAAGAGAAAGACAAGAAAGCUGCAAAAAAGCAGAGCGAUGAGCUUGGUGUCCGGAUACAUUACACUCUUGAUGACUUUGAGAUAGGCAAGAAGUUGGGGAAGGGCAAGUUUGGUAAGGUGUACUGUGUCAAGGACAAGAAGACAGGGUUUGUGUGUGCUUUGAAAGUGAUGGAGAAGAAAGAGUUGAUCGGCUACAAGAUCGAGAAGCAGUUUAGAAGGGAGGUUGAGAUACAGUCGAACCUCAGACAUGAGAACGUGUUGAGGCUCUACGGCUACUUCCACGACGACCAAAGAGUGUACCUCAUAUUGGAGUACGUGAUAGGCGGCGAGCUCUACAAAAUGCUAAAGAUGAAGAAGAGGUUUAACGAUAUCAUGGCUUCGCACUACGUCUACCAGAUGGCUGAGGCACUAUCGUACUUGCACUCUAAAAACAUCAUACAUAGGGAUAUCAAGCCCGAGAAUAUCCUAUUGGGGUUCGAUAACAUCAUCAAGAUCAGUGACUUUGGCUGGAGUGUUCACUCACCAUCGUCAAAGAGAUCCACCAUGUGCGGAACCCUCGAUUACCUCCCACCUGAGAUGGUUGAGGCUAGGGACCACGACUACAAAGUUGAUGUGUGGGCUUUGGGUAUAUUGUGUUACGAGUUGCUUGUGGGACAACCCCCAUUUGAAGAGGAACUCAGGGAUACCACUUAUAGAAGAAUUGCGCGUGUUGAUUUGAAGAUUCCUGUCUUUGUUAGUGCCGAUGCUUCAGACUUGAUUAGAAAGUUAUUACAAUAUGAUCCUGAAAAGAGAUAUCCAUUGGAAGAGGUUAAGAACCAUCCAUGGAUAGUGAAGAAUAGACCAUUAUGGCCGCAGAGACGUGUUACUGGUUAA